AACUUAUUUGCGAAUUAAGUGAAUGAUUAAAUGGUUAACGAAAUGUAUUUCUAUCAAGCAGGUAGAUAAUCAAAUACAUAAUGGGAGACGAAGCUGUCCCUGGUUGGAAACAGCUGAAACGGAGGUUUGGGUUUUUCGACAACGCCGGAAUUAAAGACGCAGCCGGAAAUCUGUUGCCGAUGACGCGCAUGCCCGAUGGCCGAAUUUUCCCGCCUUUUGGUGAAGAGUACAUCAACAACGUGAGUAAAGCUAGGCUGCGGGCAGACGACAUCUUGCUGUGUGGAUAUCCCAAGUCUGGCAGUCACUGGACAUGGGAGGUAAUCGUGAAAAUUCUGCGAGUCAAGCAAGAGUUACCGGACGUUGACAAGACCGAUCUGAUGCUGGAACUGGUGGAGCCUAGUGUCUAUGACGCCGUGCCCUCACCCAGGGUGCUAAACACGCACGUGCUCUUUGAUGAGCUUCCAGAAGAGAUCACCAAGCUAAAGAACAAGAUCAUCCUGACUGCCCGAAACCCAAAGGACACCUCCGUAUCCCACUACAACCACCACCAUGAAUUACCUCCCCAGAUCACCAAGCUAAAGAACAAGAUCAUCCUGACUGCCCGAAACCCAAAGGACACCUCCGUAUCCCACUACAACCACCACGUCCUGCUCAAGUAUGUCUUCAACUACAGCGGUCAAUUCGAGGACUGGAUUCACCUGUGGAUUAACGGGCUCACUGAUUAUGGCGGCUUCCUGGAAUUUCACCAAAAUUGGGAUCAAGCGAUCCGGGAAAAUCCGGAUAUCCCUAUUCUAGUGAUGUUUUAUGAGGAUAUGAAAGAAGACUUGACUUUGUCGGUUAGAAAACUUGCCAAAUUUCUUGAUGUAGACCUGACAGACGGUCAAGUGGAAGAAAUUGUCAAAACAUCGGAAUUCAAAGCAAUGAAAGAACAAUUUAAAGGGAAACCAGUCGAAGCUCUCAUUCGAAAAGGUGAAGUAGGAGACUGGAAGAACUGGUACACUGUGGCGUGGAGUGAAGAGGUGGACAAGUGGAAACCUGAACUGGACAAGACAGUCUUUAAAUUUAGAUACGUCUUAAAUUUUCAAAGCGAGGAAGAUUUACGGGAUAAAAGCAUCACAUGGCAGAACUCUGUAGCAGACUGUCAGAAAAACAACCGCGGCGAAUACCAAACUCUAGCAGACGUGGAGCAGAAGUCGUGGGAUGACCUUGAGAAGCUGGAGCUCCUGACCCAGAUGUACCAUCUGACCGUUUGUCUGAAGAUCGACGUCUCGGGAGACCGGGUCUGCUACGGGUCUGGGUUUGUCCAGAGGGUCAGGACAACUUCAGGACAAGAGUGUCCAGACAAGACAUGUGAGCUGAGGGGAAAGGAGAACCACAGCUGGGGUGUGAUUACAAUCUCAACUGUCAGUCACGUGAUCAACUGUGGCGGAUAUGAAAACCUCACUGCUAAACUACACUACGAUCACGAAUACGAUGUUUGUGAAAUCAUUUCCGGGUUUAGACAAACAGACUCUGACAAUGACGAUGAUUGGUGUGCUAUUGAGUGCCAAUCUCAUAAUUUACGUCUUGCCAAAGAGCUGAAAGAAGGUCUACAAACCUACGAAAAACUUCUGAAAAAACUAUACAACAGGUAUAAAGAUAGAGUUGGGGAUAUUCCUGUAUUUGUUGUUGGCCACCCGCACGGAGGUCCGAAGAAGAUCAGUUUUGGGUCUCUCAGUAGGGAAAGUGAGGCCUUAAGAGAGGUACGAGAAAAUCAGCACUGGUGCCGGUAUUUUUACACCAAUGCGACUUGCAAUGGCAGCAGCGGUUCGCACAUCCACAUACUGGCUGGGCUUACACCCAAGUAG